CUCUCCUAUGAAAUCUUGUCUAGCUAAAUUUAAUGGUCUCGCUGCUCCCUGCUCAAUUUUGGUGCCUGUGGUGUCUGGAGUCUGAAUUGGAAAUCAGAACCAGUUCCAUAAUUUUCAGUUUGUAAAAUUUCACUAAAUUUUACUGCAUGAGACAGCCUCUAUAAUUUUCAGCUCCAUAAUUUUCAGUUUGUAGAGCUGGAGGUCAGAUUCAGCUCCAUAAUUUAAUUGAAUUUUAUUGAGAGAAGUCAUAUACUCCCUCUCUCAGUUCUUCUGUUGCAUGGCCAUUCCUUAAAGAAACAUGACACAUCAAAAUUCAUAGGAACAUCCUCAAGCCCUUGUUCUUAUUCUUAUUCUGUAAUCUAAAUUACUCGUCGAGACCAUCGAGCAAGAGAGCAAGAGAGUUAGUCUGUAUUGCUGUUUUCAUUUGCUGAAUAGAGCUUAAACUCUGCACUUUCAUGGACUAAAGUUCAUUUUGGUUGAUGCUCUCUGCGUUGCUGUAUUCAGUAGGGCCACCGGCAAGCUGCUGCUAUUUCUGUUGAUCUGCUGCUGUUAUUUCAACUGAUAUGUUGUCCCUCUUGUCUCCAGAAUUGCCUGCUGUUGCUAUUGAUGUGUUGCUGCUGCUUCUUCAAUUCGUGGCGCUGCUGCUUCUUCAAUUCGUGGCGCUGCUGCUUCAAUUGCCAACUCUUCUUGCCGUACUGCUGGUGCUUCAAAUCAACAGAGGAGGCGAUGACAACAUUUAGUCCUGAUUUUCUGCCAGGAACAAGAACAGAGGCGGAGUACCAGAGGCGUCGGGGUCGGGGGCGGGUAAAAAAAGAAGGCUCAUUCUAGUUUCUACAACAGAUUAUGCUAGUGAAUUCAAACUAUGCUUUGUUUGAUUCAGAUUAUGCUAGUGAAUUCAGUUAGUUCACCUCACCUUCACUUCACCAAAUUUCUGACACAGGACACUGAAUGGAGUAUGAUUGACAGACACAAAACACUCCAACAGCAGCAGCAGAGGCAAUCAGCAGUCGAGGUGCUCGAGGGCAGAGGCAAUCAGCAGAAGCAAUCAGCAUUCGAGGGCAGAAGCAAUCACCAGAGGCAAUCAGCAGAAGCAAUCAGCAGAAGCAAUCGGCUGUGGCAUCAGCAGGUUUGCGUGGUCCUCUCUCCGCCGGGGAAGAUCCGCCUUGCCCUGCCUGCUGAAUUCUUCAAGAGGGGAGCGGCGACCGGGGUCGGUAGCGGCGGCUGGGGUUGCCGCGGGGGUGAGGAACCGGCGAGCAGGGCCAGGGACGCGAGCAGGGCCACGAGGAGGAGGCGCCCGUCGAGGUGGUCGCCUUGGAGGAGCAGCCUCGGCUGGGCGGCGGGGCAGCUCACCUCCGUGCGGACGGUCCACGUUCGCAGCGGCGGGGCAGCUCGCCUCCGUGCGGACGGCCCACGUUCGUAGCGGUUGAGCAACCGCAGGUGGGCUACGGCGCAGGUGGGCGUCGGCAGAGGUGGUCGCCCGCUCUUUCUACGGCGGCUGCCGGCGGUGGCUACGGCGGCCGCUUGGUCGAAGGAGGAAGAAGCAGAGGUGAGGGGGGAUUAGCACUAGAUUUAAAACCGAAAGGUUUUUUUUGUAAAAUUUGAAAUGAACUAAGCUCUGGACAACUUUUCCCGAACGGAGGAAGUACUUAUUUUGGAUCGGAGGUGUACAGUGUUUUCUUUCCUACAAACCUAUUGUUGCUGAUACAUUUGAGAAAUUGAUGGAGGCAAGUUUCCAUAAGAACAUAUACAUUUGCUUCAGGCAAAAUGAUGUUUUUGUCAUGUAUGAGCAGAAGUUGAAUAACCGAAAACCUAUGUGAAAGUAGCGGUGAGGAAGAUGCUGG